AUGUCCAACCCGAUGAUGAACGCCCCUCGCCCCAAGAAAGAGCCUGACUGCCUCGCGUGCCGCCUGACCGGCGCAGCAGCCUUCACGGGCCUGGGCUCGUAUGCCAUCUAUGAAGCGAGCCGGCAGGGGACGUUCAAGAAGGUCAGACCUGUGGGUGGGCCGAUGGUAGCUGGGAAGAUACAGGCUGUUAUUGGGUUCGUCUUUAUCAGCCUGGAGUACAGAAUAGCUCAGGUCGACCCAGUUGGGCAGGACGGCGAUCCGGCGCGCGAGAUCGACCUACCUCGCAUCGAGCCAAACCUCCUGAGCGAGGUCCUGGCGCCGCUACAGAGUACAGCACCUCAAGCGGUCUCGCCAAGGUAG